CCUAAAUGCAGUAAUGAGUUGCUGCUAAGUCAUUGGCUAAUUAGAAAUUUGCGUUAACGAGCAAUGGGACGGGUGUUCCUAGUAAAGUUGCCGGUGAGUGUAUGUCUAUGAGCUGAACAGUGUGAUCUGUUUUAAGGCACGUCUCAUGUUGCUUUCAUAGCCUAGGUGGAAUUAGCCAAAAGCUAACUGUGAGGUGAAAUGAUCUAUAUAGUACCAACACCAACACAAAUGCCAUAGCAGACCGAACACCGAUUUGUAUCAGACCGAAUUACAUUCAAUGGUGUGAACUGAAAGAGGCAACUCAAUGCUAUGUGAUAAUAUCUGUUGAACAUAGUGUACAGUACACUGUGUUACACCAGCUAUUUAAUUUGGUAGGUGUACGUGGUUUACAAUGUGUCAGUGUAUGUCAGUUUUGUCGGGUUAGUCAAAAAAUCAGUUCAGCUGCACACUGGAAAGCGCGACAAUAAUUUUACGCCACUGGUAACAGCCAAUUUUACUUAUCAAUCACAAGGGGAAGCCAUGAGAGAAACUAGCAUAAUGUUACUUUAUAAGUGAUAGUAUUGUUAACUUCUGUGUAAACAUACACACUACUGAAUACUAUAGUAGUUUACUUCUAGGAAAUGACCUCAGCAGAUCAAAUGAACACUAAAGACAAAAGAAUAGCUAAACAUGUACAAUAAGGAGAUGGUAGUAUUGUGGAAGGCGGUGUUGCAUUUCAGCAAUCCAAUAAUGUGAUGCGAAGCUUACUUAAUCCUGCAGGCUAUGCAGCAGGUGUUGGAUAACCUGGGCGAGUUGCCCUCCACCACCGGGGCUAAAGACAUUGACCUCAUCUUUCUCAAAGGCAUCAUGGAGAGUCCCAUUGUCCGCUCGCUGGCCAAGGCUCAUGAGCGUUUGGAGGAUGUGAAGCUGGAAGCAGUGCAGGAGAAUAACGUUGAGCUUGUGACUGACAUUCUGGGUGACAUCAGUGGUCUGAGUGUGCGAGAUGACAGCGCUGCUGAGCUCUCCAAAAUCCUGCAGGAGCCCCAUUUUCAGUCUCUUUUGGAGGCCCAUGACAUGGUGGCAUCAAAAUGCUAUGAAGCCCCGGCCCCUCCUGAACUGACCAAUGAUGCGGCAGUAAAUAAUGCUCUAAUGCAGGCUGAUGCGGUCAGGAUGAUUGGGAUUCGCAAGAAAGCUGGAGAACCUCUGGGUGUGACCUUCCGAAUGGACAAGGGUGACCUAGUGAUUGCUCGCAUCCUCCACGGAGGGCUGAUUGACAGGCAGGGGCUUCUGCACGUGGGUGACAUCAUUAAGGAAGUGAACGGGAAGGACGUUGGCACUAAUCCCACUGAGCUACAGGAGAUGCUCAAAGAAUGUAGUGGAGGAAUAACACUCAAAAUAUUACCCAGUUACAGAGACGCUCCAGCACCACCACAGGUGUAUGUGAAGCCGCAUUUUGACUACAAUCCAGCCAGCGAUAAUCUAAUUCCAUGCAGAGAAGCAGGACUUGCUUUCAAACGGGGGGAUAUUCUGCAGAUUGUCAACCGAGAAGAUCCCAACUGGUGGCAGGCAUGUCAUUUAGCAGAAGGAGGCACUGGGCUGAUUCCCAGUCAGUUUCUAGAGGAAAAGAGGAAAGCAUUUGUUCCUAGAGACCUGGAUGGAGCAGGAAUCUUAUGUGGAACAAUGACUGGUAAAAAGAAGAAAAAGAUGAUGUACCUUACUGCCAAAAAUGCAGAGUUUGACCGUCACGAGCUUCAGAUUUAUGAAGAGGUAGCUCGUAUGCCACCGUUUCAGAGGAAAACCCUCAUUCUGAUUGGAGCGCAGGGAGUGGGCCGCCGCAGCCUGAAAAACAGACUAGUUGUACUGCAUCCCACCCGCUUUGGCACCACUGUACCACACACAUCUCGACGGCCGCGCAAUGACGAGCGAGAUGGUCAGUCGUACAGAUUUGUGACCCGUCUUGAGAUGGAAACUGACAUCAAAUUGGGACGGUACCUGGAACACGGAGAGUACGACGGAAACCUCUAUGGUACUAAAAUUGACUCCAUCCAUGAGGUGGUGAACACUGGACGCACAUGUAUCCUGGACGUCAACCCUCAGGCUCUGAAGCUGUUAAAAACACCAGAGUUCAUGCCGUAUGUCGUGUUCAUUGCAGCGCCAGAGUUCGACACGCUGAAGGAUAUGCACAAAGCUGUGGUGGAUGCAGGACUGACCACCAAACAACUCGCAGAUGUGGACCUGAAGAAGACAGUGGAUGAAAGCGCUCGUAUCCUGCGGGCUUACAGACACUACUUUGACCUCAUCAUUGUCAAUGACAACUUAGACUGUGCGUUCGAGAAGCUGCAGUCAUCUGUGGAGGAACUGUGUACUGAACCACAGUGGGUUCCAGUGAGCUGGGUUUACUGAGGGCACCUUCAGAACAUCACUAUACGAGUGUGUGUGUGUGUGUGUGUGCGUGUGUGUGUGUGCGUGUGUGUGCGUGUGAUUGAUAUCUAAGAUGACUGAUGUGAGCCAGAAUGAAGAUAUGCAUUUGGAUUGACCAACAAAAAGAGCUUCUUCCCACAAAAGCACAGUUUGCCCCAACCUCUCUUUUUUGUGAACACGAUGCAAGAUGUUUUUUCUACUUAAACUCAAAGGGAAGAGUACUUAUUUAUUUUAGUAUUUGUAUGUUUUUAAUAAAACUUACUGUUUUGGAGUCCAAACGAUGAGAACCUUGGCUAUCCAGAAGCCACAUUUUUUAUUUAUUAUUGUAGUUGUUUUUUACACGUGUUCCUACUCUUUCGUUUUUGUAGUUCCUGAAUGUACUGUGAUGUUUUGAUUUAUACUCAAAUGAAGGACUUACCUGACAAGAGUUUACCAGGCCAAGGGCUCAUGUAGAACUUUCUAGAUCCUCAAACCGUGAACCACAAAACUGUUUACACCCAGCAAGCACUUUUUGUUUUUAAAAGAUGUCUAAUAGACGUCUAAACACAGUCGCCUUUGCUAGAACAAGGCUAAACUUGGGCUGUCAAUGAAAAUCAAAUAGAAAUCUAAUAAUAGGCCAAAACUAGACCAGUCGUUAAAUAAACAGACAUGAAUGACUACACAUAAAAAGUCUGUCUAAUCGGUCUAUUUGACGACUGGUCUAGUUUUGGACUAUUCAUAGACGUCUAUUCGAUUUUUAUUGACAGUCCAAGUUUAGCCAAGGUGUCUGCAAUUAGAUGUCUAUUAGACCAAAGUCCCUUUAAGGCAAGUCAUUUCACUCGGCGGCCAUUUUUAAAGCACCUCUCGGUCAGUAUCCUUGGGCAUUCUGUUUGAAUGGGGAAACGUCAAAUUCUUUAUAACUGCUUGUCAAGCUUACGAGUGAAUUUCAUAUUGCAAAUCACCAAUAAAAUAACACAACUGUCUCUUUAACUGUCGAACUGCCAUAUAGCGAUCGAUGAUUGCCUCCUGUACUAGAAGGCGGGCUUUAUUCGCCAUAUAGCGAUCGAUGAUUGGCUCCUGUACUAGAAGGCAGGAUUUAUUCACCAUUUAGCGAUCGAUGAUUGGCUCCUGUACUAGAAGGCAGGAUUUAUUCGCCAUUUAGUGAUCGAUGAUUGGCUCCUGUACUAGAAGGCAGGAUUUAUUCGCCAUUUAGCGAUCGAUGAUUGGCUCCUGUACUAGAAGGCAGGAUUUAUUCGCCAUUUAGUGAUCGAUGAUUGGCUCCUUUACUAGAAGACAUGCUUUAUUCACUAUAUAGUGAUCAAUGAUUGGCUCAUUAACUACAAGGCAGGCUUUAUUCGCCAUUUAGUGAUCGAUAAUUGGCUCCUGUACUAGAAGGCGGGCUUUAUUCACUAUAUAGUGAUAGAUGAUUGACUACUGUACUAGGGCGGGCUUUAUUCGCCAUGUAGCAAUUGAUGAUUGGCUCCUGUACUAGAAGUCGGGCUUUAUUUGUCAUAUUGACCAUUACACUUUUCCCCAUUCAAAAAGACAUGUCUUGUGUAUUCUAUAGUCUUUGAUUAAAGGUCUAUUAAACACAAAAUUGUUUGCUGGGCAUGCAUCCUGAUCUCCUAACCAUUUAUUUGCUUGUUUUAAUAUCCAAGAGAUCUCUCUCUCUUAUGCAAAAGUCCAUAUCAGUGUGCGCAGAUUGUUUUGUUUAAGGUGUUUUGUAACAUGUCAUUCGCCCAUUUUUGUCUGAUGUUCAACGUUGGGCCGAACAUUGUGUCUGUAUCUUCUGAUCUUGAUGUUGUCGUCUUUAGAGUCUUUUAAGGACAGUCCUGUUGGUUUUUUAGUUGUUUUCUCGCUGUUUCUUCUUUACUGAACGCCUCUAAGAUUGUGUCCCAGAAUGUCAUGACCUACUGCCAAAUGUAUUUUUGUCUCCAUGUCAACAAAACCUCUACAACAAGGCAAUAAACAGACAGACCAUUGUUA